AUGGAGGCUAGUGACACUGCCACUACAAUAUUCGACGAGAGUAACAAAGAGAAUGUUCCUCCAACAUGCGACAAUAACAAGGGUAUGACCCCAAUUCCUCACACGACCACAGCUUUGAAGAACAAGAAGGGUUGUAACAGAAAGCCCAAGAGGGUUCCUCUUGCUGACAUCACCAAUCUCUUUAACAAUUCUACAACAACUCGUCCCCACCAACGACAAAUUGGAGUUUCUGAUCUUCGUAGGACACACACGAUUCACCGUUCGGUACUUGAACUUGAUCAUUGUCACACUACAUUUGUUUGCUUUGCCAUCAAAAGGGUGCAUGUUUUCCGACAUGGCAAACUCCUCCUUAAUUUACUCGAAGCGUGUUCUAGCAUUCGGUCCCUUGCCACAACCAAAUGUCUCCAUGCACUCUCCAUCACAAUGGGUCCCAUUCCAAAGCAAUCCAUCUUCAUCCACAACAACAUCAUUUACUCUUACAUUUCUGUUGGCGAAGUUCUGCAUGCACGCAAGGUUUUCGACGCUUUGCCCCAGAGAACUGUUGUCUCUUACAACACUCUCAUCACUGCUUAUUGUCGACGUGGGGAUGUAGAUGAUGCUUGGAACUUGUUCUGGCACAUGAGGGGGAGUGGUUUUGUGCCUACCCAGUACACCCUCUCAGGGUUGUUAUCUUGUGAGUUGUUGGGUCUUUCUCAGGGUUUUCAGUUGCAGGCUUUGAGCAUUAAAGAUGGACUCUAUGAUGUUGAUGCUUUCGUGGGUACGGCUUUGUUGGGCAUGUUUGGGAGGCAUGGAUGUUUGGAUGAAGCGUUUUGGGUAUUUGAUGAUAUGCCCCACAAGAGCUUGGUGACAUGGAACUCCAUGUUGUCCUUGCUGGCUCGUAAUGGGUUUGUUGAAGAUUGUAAGGUUUUGUUUCGUGAACUUGUGGGAAUGGGGGUGUCUUUGUCAGAAGGUUCUUUUGUUGCCGUUUUGUCUGGACUUGUUGAUUCUGAGGAUUUGGAAUAUGGUGAACAGAUGCAUGGUUUGAUGGUUAAAUGUGGGUUUGGUUGUGAAAUUACUGCGGUUAAUUCUCUCAUCUAUGUGUACGUCAGGUGCAAAGCCAUGUUCUUGGUGGGAAGAUUGUUUGAGGAGGUUCCUAUUCAGAAUGUUGUGUCUUGGAAUACAAUCAUUGACGCAUUGGUAAAAAGUGAAAGCCCUAAAAUGGCGUUGGAGCUGUUUUUGAAUAUGUCUGGCAGAGGAUUGAUGCCAAGUCAGGCCACGUUUGUUGCUGUUAUUGACUCGUGUACUAGUUUGAGAAACUCGGCAUGUGGAGAAUCUGUCCAUGGUAAGGUAAUUAGAAGUGGUUUCGAAUCUGAUGUUAUUGUGGGUACUGCAUUGCUAGACUUCUAUGCCAAAUGUGAUGACUUGAGUUCCGCCCAUAAAUGUUUUGAUCAGAUAGAAGAGAAGAAUGUGGUUUCUUGGAAUGCUUUGAUAUUGGGUUACUCAAAUAUUUGUUCUUCUACAUCAGUUCUAUUGUUGCAAGAAAUGCUUCAGUUAGGUUAUUCCCCUAACGAGUUUUCCUUUUCUGCUGUUCUUAAGUCAUCAUCAAUAUCUGACCUACAUCAGCUCCAUGGUUUGGUUAUAAGAACGGGGUAUGAGAGUUAUGAAUAUGUGUUAAGCUCUCUUGUUAUGGCUUACACUAGAAAUGGUUUCAUAAAUGAAGCACUUUCGUUUGUCAAAGAAUUUAAUAAUCCACUUCCUGUAAUCCCAUCUAACAUAAUUGCUGGAAUCUAUAACAGAACUUGCCAAUACCAUGAAACAAUAAAGUUGCUUUCUUUGCUAGAAAAACCUGAUGUUGUAUCUUGGAAUAUUGUCAUUUCAGCCUGUGCUCGGAGUAAUAAUUAUAAUGAGGUUUUUGAGCUUUUCAAGCAUAUGCAUUCUGCAAGCAUCCAUCCAGAUAGUUACACAUUUAUGAGUGUAUUGUGUGUGUGCACCAAAUUUUGCCGUCUGGAUUUGGGCAGUUCUCUUCAUGGACUUAUUAUAAAAACUAAUCUUAGUAACUGCGACACAUUUUUGUGUAAUGUACUAAUUGACAUGUAUGGGAAUUGUGGAAGAAUUGAUAGUUCGGUGAAAGUUUUUGAAGAAACUACCUACAAAAAUGUUAUUACAUGGACAGCUUUAAUUAAUGCCUUUGGGCUGAAUGGUUAUGCUCAUGAGGCAGUAAAGAGAUUCCAAAACAUGGAGUUAAUGGGAUUGAAGCCUGAUGCAUUAGCUCUCAGAGCAGUGCUUUCUUCUUGCAGAUAUGGUGGAUUAGUGAGGGAAGGAAUGGGAAUUUUCAGGCAAAUGGGAACCAAUUAUGGGAUUCCACCAGAACUUGAUCAUUACCAUUGUAUAGUAGAUCUCCUGGCUAAAAGUGGACUGAUUAAGGAAGCUGAGAAAAUUAUUGCGAGCAUGCCUUUCCCACCAAAUACCAAUAUAUGGCGUAGCUUCCUUGAAGGCUACAAGAGGCAAGAAUUUGCAUAA